AUGGUCGCGCCGGCGCGCCGCCUUCUUCUGCUCGUCGUCGCCGUCGCGGGAGCCCUGGCGCUCCCCGUGGCGGCCGAGAUUAAGAAGGAGUCCUUCAGGGAGGACCCGCGCUCGUCCAUCAUGUUCGAAAAGUUCGGCUUCUCCAGGUCCGGCGCGGUCCGGAUCAUCGUCUCUGGCGCCGCCGUCUCCUCCCCCGUCGCGCGGCCGGACAACGGGCAGCUCGGGUUCUUCCUCCUCUCCGACGAGUCCCUCCUCCACGCUAUCGACGAGGCGCAGGAGGGGCCCACGCGGGAGAAGCGCGCCGCGGCGACCAACGGCGGCGGCGAGGACCCCGACGGCGGCUCUGUCUCUGCCGAGUGCGUGCUCAACAGCCCCUACGUGAAGAAGCUCUUCACCUUCAAAAACCUGAAGGGCGGCCACUACAACAAGUCCUUCCCUGUCACCCGCCCCGACGAGUACACCCUCUUCUUCGCCAACUGCGCCCCGGAGGCGCUCGUCUCCAUGACCGUCCGCACCGAGAUGUACAACGUCAACGCCGACGGCUCCAAGGACUACCUCCCCGUCGGCCAGGCGCCCCUGCCCGCUAUCUACGGAUUCUUCGCCUUCUGCUACGCUGCGUUCCUGGCCGCCUGGGGAUACCUCACCCUCUCCCGCGACCGCGUGUCCGCGCACCAGAUCCACCACCUCAUGUCGGGCCUCCUCGUCGCGCGCCUGCUCUACUGCCUCUCCGCUGCCGAGGACCAGCACUACAUCCGCGUCACCGGGACGCCGCACGGCUGGGAUGUGGCCUUCUACCUCUUCCAGCUCGUGAAAGGUGUCAUCCUUUUCGCGGUGAUCGCGCUGGUCGGCACGGGGUGGUCCUUCUUGAAGCCGGUCCUGCAGGACCGGGAGAAGAAGGUGCUCAUGGCCGUGAUCCCGCUCCAGGUCACCGCGAAUAUCGCCGCCGCGGUCAUUGGGGAGACCGGGCCCUUCAUGCAGGGCUGGGUGACAUGGAAUCAGAUCUUGCUCUUCGUGGAUGUCACGUGCUGCUGCGCGGUGCUCUUCCCGGUUGUGUGGUCCAUCCGGUCGCUCAGGGAGACGUCCAAGACCGACGGCAAGGCGGCACGGAACCUCUCCAAGCUCACCCUGUUCCGGCAGUUCUACGUCGUGGUGAUUGGGUACCUGUACUUCACUAGGAUCGUCGUGUAUGCGCUCAAGACAGUUGCCAGCUACAAGUACCGGUGGGUGAGCAUCUUGGCAGAAGAGAUGGCCACCCUGGCGUUCUACCUGUUCAUGUUCUACACAUUCAGGCCGGCCGAGAAGAGCCACUACUUCUCUCUCGAUGAAGAUGAAGAAGAGGCCGCGGAGAUGGUGCUCCGAGAAGAGGAAUUCGAGCUAUGA